AUGACUCCAAACUCAAAAGUGGCCGAUCUUUUACAGAAUAAUCGUAAAGAGAAUAUAGAAGAGGUGAAGAAAAAAUUAUUAUUUAGUGAGGUGAUCCAAAAUCAACUCAAAGAAAAUAUAAAUUUGACAACGAAUGAUAAUGAAAAAAAGGUAUUUAAAAAAGUAUUAGGUGGCAAAAUAGUCAAGAAGUAUAAAGUGUUGAGCCAAAUUAAUAUGAAACCUAUAAGACAGUCAUCUACUGCAAAUAAAAGUUUGUUAGAUAUGACACGGAAGCCAAGAAACGAUAAAACGAAUUCGGAAUUAGAGAAAAAAGUCGCAGAGUUUUUU